UCCGCCGCCCUGCCCUGCCAGCCAGCUCCGCUGCUCUCCUCGCCUUUCCUCCCAGACAGACCCUGCCCUUGUCGCUUCUCACCGCCAGCCACCCGCCGCUUUCCACGCUUUCUGGAGGCUUCUCUGGCGGAAGAUCCUCUUACAAUGGGACGCUUUCGUCUCCACAACCCUCUCCCUUGAUUUUUAAGUGUUGAUGUGAGCAGAUAUAGAUGUCCUCCACCAUGGCGAAGCGUGAGAGCAGCAGCAGCCCUGUGGUAAGGCAGAUCGACAAACAGUUCCUGGUGUGUAGCAUCUGUCUGGACCACUACCACAACCCCAAAGUUCUGCCCUGUCUGCACACCUUUUGCGAGAAAUGCCUGCAGAACUACAUCCCUCCCCAGUCCUUGACCCUGUCCUGCCCCGUGUGCAGGCAGACGUCCAUCCUGCCGGAGAAGGGUGUCUCUGCUCUCCAGAACAACUUCUUCAUCACAAACCUAAUGGAAGUGCUGCAGAGGAACCCUGAGAGUACAGAGCCUGAGUCCUGCAAUGUGCUGGAGUCUGCUAGUGCUGCUAUCGCCGGGCAACCACUCUCCUGCCCCAACCACGAGGGAAAAGUCAUGGAGUUCUACUGCGAGUCAUGUGAGACAGCCAUGUGUCUGGAGUGCACUGAAGGGGAGCACCGGGAGCAUGUGACUGUGCCUCUGCGAGAUGUGCUCGAGCAGCACAAGAUGGCACUCAAGAACCAGCUGGACACAGUGAGAAACAGACUACCUCAGCUGACCGCGGCCAUCGACCUGGUGAAUGCAGUUUGGAAGCAGUUGAGUGACCGUAAAGUUGAGGCUGUGACUGAGAUCAGCUCCACAUUUGAGGAUCUGGAGAAGGCCUUGCACCAGAGAAAGAGCACCCUCAUCGCAGAGGUGGAUAACAUCUGUAGCACCAAGCAGAAGGUGCUCCAGGCCCAGCUGAGCUCUCUCCUUCAGGGCAAAGAGAACAUCGAGAGCAGCUGUCACUUCACGGAGCAGGCCCUGAGCCAUGGCAGUGCUACAGAGGUGCUGCUAGUACAGAAGCAGAUGGGGGAGAGGGUCAGUGCACUGGCCAGGCACAGCUUCCCCGAGCACCCCCACGAGAACGACCAUCUGCAGUGCCAGGUGGAAACGGAUGGACUGCGGCGCUCUAUCCAGAACCUGGGCGUCCUGAUCACAUCCGGGGCUGUAGGGCACACUAGCGUGGCCACGGGGGAGGGAUUACGACAUGCACUCAUGGGACAGCACACCACCGUCACCGUGACGACCAAAGACAAGGACGGAGAGCUGGUGAAGAGUGGAAACGCCAUCCUGAAAGCAGAGAUCCUGUCUGCAGACGGGAGCACCACCGAGGCUGAGGUUGUGGAUAACAAGAAUGGCACAUAUGAGGUGGGUUACACAGUGCGCUCGGAGGGAGAGUUCUCCUUCUCCCUAACCUUGUACGACCAACCUGUUCGGGGCAGUCCAUUCAGGCUGCGAGUUGUCAAACCUUCAGACCUGCUUCAAUCUCCAGAUGACGUGAAGCGCAGAGUGAAAUCUCCUAGCGGAGGAGGAGGCCACGUGAGGCAGAAGGCAGUGCGGAGACCCUCCAGUAUGUACAGCACCACCAAGAAGAAGGAGAAUCCCAUCGAGGACGAGCUCAUCUACAGAGUAGGGACCAGAGGGCGAGACAAAGGAGAGUUCACAAACCUACAGGGCAUCUCUGCCUCCAGUAAUGGAAGGAUUGUGGUAGCAGACAGCAACAACCAGUGCAUACAGAUCUUCUCUAAUGAUGGUCAGUUUAAGAUGAGGUUUGGGGUCAGAGGUCGUUCUCCCGGGCAGCUGCAGCGCCCCACAGGGGUCACAGUAGACUCCAAUGGUGACAUCAUCGUGGCCGACUACGACAACAGGUGGAUCACCAUCUUCUCCUCUGACGGCAAGUUCAAGAACAAAAUUGGAGCAGGGAGGCUGAUGGGACCCAAAGGAGUGGCGGUGGAUAAGAACGGACACAUCAUCACCGUGGACAACAAGGCAUGCUGCGUCUUCAUCUUUCAGUCCAAUGGGAAACUGGUCACUAAGUUUGGGGCCAAGGGGACUUCAGACAGGCAUUUCGCAGACAAGAGUGGUGCAAACAUAGCACUGGAUCAAAAGUUUAGUAAAUCUGGCCCUGUGUUCAGUCCUCACUUUGUGGCCGUGAAUAACAAGAAUGAGAUAGUUGUGACGGACUUCCACAACCAUUCAGUUAAGGUGUACAACGCAGAUGGAGAGUUCCUGUUUAAGUUCGGCUCUCAUGGAGAGGGCAAUGGGCAGUUUAAUGCUCCCACUGGAGUGGCUGUGGACACCAAUGGCAACAUUAUUGUGGCUGACUGGGGCAACAGCAGGAUACAGGUAUUCGACAGCUCCGGCUCCUUCCUUUCCUACAUCAACACGUCUGCAGACCCCCUAUACGGGCCCCAGGGCCUGGCCCUCACCUCGGACGGGCACGUUGCUGUGGCCGAUUCUGGUAACCACUGCUUUAAGGUCUACCGCUACCUGCAAUAAAACCUGGCAGUAUACCAGAACUAACCAGAACCCAGUACCCUAACUAAGGACUCAAGACUGGACUUAGUUAUUAAAGAGGAAUGGAAAAACUAUGUGCAUAUAAGAUGGUCAUGGGUUUAAAGGGACUAUAUGAAGUACUAGAUGUUUGGAGUUUGAGCAAAUCUCCAGGUAAACAGUUAAUUGCAGUUUACACCACCUCCAUGUAGUAGUAUGUUCUCAAAUAAUAUAUUUAGUGUAAUAUUUUACAGUUAUAUUUUAUGCAAUUAUGUUACUCCAUAUUGUCCCUUUAACCCACAAUUUGUGAGUGUAACAAUUUGUGAGUGUGUCAAGGAGCCAUAACUUGUUCGAAUGCAUGACGUUUGAUUUGGAACAAUACCUGCAUAGCAUUAGCUUACGCCGUACACUAACAACUUAGCUGCUUCUAGCUUCUUUAGGCUUCUCCAGCUACGAAAUGUAAAACUUCAUAUCGACUUAUAUCACAUUACAUCAGACAUUGUCAACAGGGCUUGGCAUUAACCAACUCAUUUUACAGUUUCAUAUUAUGCUUAACUUAAUUACAUAUUUUAACCAAUUAAAUUUUGUACAGUUCACACAAAACACUCACCAGAUUUGGAUCGUUUUGCUGCUCAGACUGCUUUCACUUUGCAGCUAACUUUAAUAGCAGCUGUCAUUUGCUGCCUCAUUUUAAUUGCUACAUUCCUUAGUGUGGCAGCAGGUGCCGCUAAUGUCAAGCCCUGAUUGUUGCCAUGUGUGCAUUGUUUGGCUGUAUGUAAAUUGUAUACAUGAAUGUAUAUUGUAAAUAGAUAGCUGUAUGUAUGUGCUAGCUGCAGUUUGUCUCCCCAAUUUGCAUCAUUCACAAAAUGAAGUCCUUAAAAUAUCUUGAAGUUAAUAUUAAAUUCAACAAACUAAGGCUAAAACAGAUAGAGAACAUAUUUAGCUCUGUCUAAAGAAUAAAAAAUUAUGUUGCGCUAUUGGAUUAGCAUGAUUAACACAAAUCAGGUCACUGACACAAAUUGAGGGAAUGACAUGCAGCCCCCUGUUAAAUGUGCAUGCCUGUGCAAAUACGGCAGCUGUUAACUUAGCACAUGCUUCACAAUGUUCAUAUUUAUUUAUAAGCAGCACAAUAUUGUUUUUUGUUAAAUAUGAUUUCUUUUUAUUUUAAGGGAAAAAUUGAGACAAAAAAAUAUUUAUUUUCUACACUAGACUAGCAUUUAUAUACAUUUUUUUCAAUUUAAAUUUUUUCCAUCAAAUCUGUAUUUUCGGAAAAGGAAUAAUUGGUACCAGUUUUAUGAUGGGGUCUUUGUGAUUGAUUUUAAUGUGCAAUGUACUUUAACGACAAUAUCCGCAAUACCUAUUUAAUAUGUAAAAUUGUAGGAUUUUUUUUUUUAUUUUUUUUAUUUUUUGUGAUUUUAUAACUAAUUUUAAAUACCUUUUUCAUAAUGGUACCAAAUAUUCAACUUCAAAAUAGAAUUCAUAUUGCUAAAAUUAUAUUACAUUGUAACAUAUUUCAAUUAUUUUUAUUUACACUAAAUUAGUGUUUCAGCUUGUUUCUUUUCAGCUUGUAUUUUUUUGUUGUCCAACCUUCACUCACACAGCAUGGUCCCAUUGAAGUGGUAACAAACCGGAUAAUACAAUAGCAUACAUAUCUCAGGAAACCCAUUCAUACAUCCACAUUACAACUAACAUUUGUAUAAAAAAUAUGCAUAUUAUGGGCUAUGGGUAUGAAUUCUGUUAUUUUUCUUCUUUUACGGACAGCCAUAGAGUUCGGUAUCUUUGGGACUUGGCUACAUGUACAAAAAUAUUUUAUUGGUUAAUUUUUUUUCAUUAGAUUGUACCCCUAAACCAGAUGACAUUCCUGUUGCACCAGCUACAGCAGCAUUAUAAGCUUUGGCAGAAAAUUUAACUGGCUUCCUUCCAGUUCAUUGGCAUAUGCUUAAGCUACUUCACCAUUGCAACCACCCAUAAAAUGUAUAAACUAUGUUAGUAAUUGACAGAUUUUUUUAUUGAGAUAAGGGUAAGGGCUAAGGGUACUCCAUGUGCCAACCACUUUGUCAAUAUAUUUAAUAUGUAAUAUUUAUGUAGGUUUAAUUUUUUUUUUUUUUUUUUUUGUAGAAGAAAAUCUUCUCAGCAUUUAACCUAAACUUCAACUUAUGUUUUACACCUGUAUCUUGGUCAGGAGUACCUAGCUGGAGGAUUACCUUGCUUGGCAGGUUGUAGGUGCCCUUGUAAGGCAUAUCUUUUUCCUUAAUUCACUUUACCAAUGACCCUUUAUAAAAUAUCUUUGCACUUUUAGCCAAGCCAUAUGUAGAGAUUUUGAAUACAUGCUUACAAUAAUAUAUACCUUCUGUUACAGUGAUAUUGUCCCAUUGCUGUUCAUGUUUCCGUGUAGUUCAGAGACAGUAGAGGGUAGAUGACAUUUUGAACACGUACCAGAACACUGCUGUGAGCUACAGUUUGAAUGGAGUGAAAGGCCAUAUCAUACUGCUUUUGUUCAUCACAUGCACUGGUAAUAAAAGCACAUGGUUUACUGAAGU